AUGGCUUCUAUCAACACGCUCGCGAGAGUAGCUACGGUGUCGGUGGCGAGGGCGCCGGCGACGUCCCGAAGGAUCGCUACUGCCUCCGCGGCGCCGGCACGGCGCUUCCUGUCAACAACAACAAGCGAGGCCGCCGCCGCCUCUGAGAAGCCUUCCCCGCCGUCGCCUCCGCCGCCACAGCCCACGCCAUCGCCGGAGACCAGCAGCGGGGGCUCGUCUUUCCUGCAGCGAGUCGCGGCAUUUUUGACCGGGGCUGGGGUGGGUUGCGGGGUCGGUUACUACCACCUGUCAACGGAGAUUAAGGGUUCCACGGCAGCGUUGGAGGCGGCAAUUGCCAAAAACCACAGCAAUUUCAGCGAUAGACUCGACAAGCUCGAGGGGAAGUAA